AUUGUGUGGGUUGAAACUCCAACAAAUCCUACCCUCCGCCUAGUUGACAUUCAGAGUGUCGCCGAAAUAGCACACAAUCAUGGUGCCAUCCUUGUAGUCGAUAAUACAUUCAUGAGUCCAUAUUUCCAAAAUCCCUUAGAACUAGGCGCUGACAUUGUUGUACAUUCUGUCACCAAGUAUAUAAAUGGUCACUCUGAUGUGAUAAUGGGUGUAGCCGUGAUGAAUGACAAAGCAAUAUAUGAAAAAGUUAAAUUUUUACAAAAUGCCAUUGGUGCUGUACCUUCACCUUUUGAUUCAUGGUUAGCAAAUCGUGGAUUAAAAACUCUACAUGUACGCAUGAAACAGCAUCAGGAAAAUGCUUUAACUAUCGCAAGAUUUUUGGAGAGUAGUGAUAAAGUUGAUGAGGUUAUAUACCCUGGGUUGGAAAGUCAUCCGCAACAUGAUUUAGCAAAGAGACAAGCAAAAGGAUUUGGAGGAAUGUUAAGCUUUAAAAUUAAAGGAGGUUUUGAAGCUGCUGAUACCUUUUUACGGAAUAUUAAAUUAUUCACAUUGGCUGAAUCAUUG